ACCCAUCAUUUGCAAACUCUGAAGUUGAGGGGGCACUUGGAGAUAACGAUCCAGUUGAUGUUGUUGAGAUUGGUCAAACUCGUAGAAAGAUAGGACAGAUUAUGAAGGUCAAGCCAUUAGCUGCCUUGGCAAUGCUUGAUGAAGGGGAACUUGACUGGAAAAUAGUUGCAAUUUCAUUGGAUGAUCCAAGAGCUUCACUUGUUAAUGAUAUUGACGACGUGGACAAGCAUUUGCCAGGCACUCUCACUGCAGUCAGAGACUGGUUCAGAGACUACAAGAUCCCUGAUGGAAAACCUGCAAAAAAAUCUGGUCUUGGCAACAAGGUAGCAAACAAGAUGGAUGAACUCGUGCACAAAGCUAAAUUGUACAAGACAAAUAGGCACUUUUU